CGGCACAUCCCCUAAUGCCACUAUCUCUGGUCCCUGCCGCAUUUUGGGGUUGGAGUUGCCAGUUGCCAGUUGGUCACCGGGGUGCAGUUGGUCGCAGCUCAGUCGUGGCGAUCGCCAGGUGAACGAAGGUUGUGUCGCGCAGGAGCGAGUUGGAAAACCAAACAAUUGCAGCUUAAAUCUAGUAGAUCAUCCUCUAACCAUGUCGGGCAAAUUGAUAAUGAAGCGCAAGCGAGCCAGCCAGGAGGAGCAGCAGCAACAUCAGCAGCCGGCGCAGGAGCAACGUGUCCAGCCGCAGGAACAGCAACAGGAGCAGCAACCGACUGAAGCGGUUCCGGAGAAACGCCAUCGUCCUCUAACUCCGCCAGCAGAAGAGCCAGGCCAGGAUUGCCCCACCCCGCCAGAUGCCACCAAUCGAAUCCUACUGGAAGCGCUGCAAAAGAUAAUGGAGCUGCAGGCGGAACUGGAUGCCUUUGAGCAGGAUCUAGACGAUCGAGAUGGCUAUGCGGCUGGAGGAGCUGAAGCGGAGGAAGCCGAGGAAAGUGAAGAGGAUGCCGAGGUGGCGGCCCAGUUUGCGCCACCGACGCCAGCCCAAAGGAGCCAGGCGGAGGCACUGGGUUUCGCCAUGUGCGCCAGGGAGACACUGCUGUUCCUGCAGAGCGAGGGUAUACCCACGGAGUCGCCACUCUACCAGACCCUACUCGGGAAAUUGGUUGGCCAAAGCGAUGGACUGCUGCACGCCUGAGAGCAAACCGGAGGGCAGGAACUCCUCCUCAUUCUAGUCACUUUGCUGCGAUCUCAUUGCAAGUAAAACGAGAGAGAGAAACCAAGGGUUGCGAACCUUCCGGGGGUGGAAAUUAUGCAACACAGGGAUCUGGGUAUUCCUAAGCUAUUUACUCUAGUCAAUUAUUGUAAAGCAAUAUAAAACACAUAAGCAACAACGAAAUAAAUUAUAUUUGAAACUAAAACAUAAA